AUGGCUAACAUCAUGAUCGUCGCCCCUGAGCCUAAGAGCCUGCUCGGCUACCACCGUCAGCUUGCUCCCAAUGCUGCUGUCAAAGUUAGCCCUCUCUGUCUAGGGUCUAUGGGGUUUGGGAACAGCAUGAAAGACUUAAUGGGAGAAUGUGACAAGGAUGCUUCAUUCAAGCUCCUGGACUUUUUCUACGAGAACGGUGGUAACUUCAUUGAUACCGCAAACGUAUAUCAAUAUGGCGAGUCCGAAGCCAUCAUUGGCGAGUGGAUGAAGAUACGAGAGAAUCGAGACGAGAUAGUUCUAGCAACUAAAUACAGCUCUGCCUGGCAACUGGCGAACCCCAAGAUCAAAAUUCAGUCGAACUUUGGCGGUAACAACAAGAAGAGCAUGCUUACAGCUUUUGAUUCGAGCCUGGCGAGGCUACAAACAAAUUACGUGGAUAUCUUUUAUGUCCAUAUUUGGGACUUUACUACCAGCAUCCCAGAGCUAAUGCAUACCCUACACGAACUCGUAUCGUCUGGAAAGGCUCUCUACCUUGGUAUCUCAAAUACUCCGGCUUGGAUCGUUUCAAAAGCGAACGAAUAUGCGCGGCAGCAGGGGUUGAGCCCCUUCUCAGUUUACCAAGGUCAAUGGUCUGCCGCAGAACGUGAUGUUGAGCGCGACAUUAUACCAAUGUGCAACGACGAAGGCAUGGCUUUCAUCCCUUACGGAGUUCUAGGAUCCGGAUACUUUCGAACCUCGGCCCAGCGAGCUGCCGAGAAACAGAAUCCGGGAACUAAACGAGAAGGUCGUAAUAUUGCUAUGAUUGAUAAACCUCAAAAAACCAUCAUGGCAGAUACUCUGGAAGAUAUAGCUAAAGCUAGAGGCACCAAUAUCACGAGCAUUGCAUUGGCCUGGGCCAGACUCAAACAGCCUUGGGUCUUUCCAGUCAUCGGAGGCAGGAAACUCGAACACUUGAAAGCAAGUGUCAAUGCUUUGGGUAUAGUACUGACUUCAGAGGAGAUGGCAAAGAUAGAGAAUGCCCUAUCUUUUGAUUUCGGUUACCCGCAGACGAUUCUUGGUGGGCCAGGGGGUGCAACAAAGCCUGCCGAUGUCUGGUCGACCAAGCGAUUCGGACACUUUGACUGGGUUUCUGCACCACAGGUAAGUAAUUUUCUCUAA